AUGGCCCUCUUACUAUGCGGUGUGGCAAAAGGAAACCUCUGUUCUGAGAUUAUGGGAGGAUGUGAUCCGCAAUGCGGAGCGAGAUGCGAAGCAGCACAUCCCGGCGGGCAGUCAUCCUGCGAUGCCGCCACAAGUAUGUGCAAAUGCUUCUACCAAUGCGGCCAGCCAAUCGCACCGCCGCCGGCGCCAGGCAAAAGGUGCAAUGUGGGAUUAGGUCCAUGUAGUGCUGCCUGCUAUGACGAUUGUUGUAACAAGAAAUGUGCCGAGAGAUACCCUGGUGAUUUAGGAGGAUAUGGAUAUUGUUAUAGCGCCAUUGGACCAAUUCGUUACAUCACUUGUAUGUGCUACUUUAGAUGCCAGGACUAG